AUGGCGUGUAGCAAGCAUCGAGUGGCACUUGUUGUUGUUGGCCUGUUGCUGGUGGGUGUAGUUGUGGCCGUGGCGGUUCCUCUGUCUCUCAGAGGUGACCAGGAAAAGAAUGGCAAGUAUACUCCCAGGUUCCAGGGACAGGACUGUUAUCCAGAGGCUGAAGGCAAGAGGUCUGCAGUCAACAAAACCGCAUGUCUCAAGCGAGGCUGUGCUUUCAGCACCGAUGUUCCAGCUGGUCAGCCUGUCUGCCAGUACACGGAGGGUCAGUACAGACUGUCAGUGUCCAGUAUUGUCCGGACCAGCCUGGGAUUGCAGGCCACACUCCAGCAGACAGGGUCCGCCCCUUUCGGCGGUGACAUCAGGAGCUGGAGAUUUACCUUCGAGAGCAGAGGAGACGAUAUCGCUCAUUUUGUGUUUGAUGCAACCGACAGCAGCCGCUACAAGGUGCCCAAACCUGUUGAUGUACCAGCACGCGCGGGGAAGCAGCCCAAGUAUGAGAGCAGGAUUACCAACAACCACAGCUUCGCUUUUGAGAUUGUCCGGAGAGACACGGGAACUGUUGUAUGGGACACAAACAUUGGAGCUGGAAGUCUCAUCUUGUCCGACCAAUUUCUACAGAUCAGCUCCAGGCUUCCGUCAAGAAACGUCUACGGGCUGGGCGAACAUAUGCACGAGACUUUCCGUCACCAGAUGAACAGAACCUGGGCUUCAUUUGCUAGAGAUCAGCCGCCAUCUUGGGAUGCUGAAGCAAACCUGUACGGAGUGCACCCGUUCUACACGUGUGUGGAAGAUGCUGCAGGCAACAGUCACGGGGUCCUGAUGCUCAACAGCAACGCUCAAGAGUAUUCCUUCACUGAGCUGCCCAGUCUCACAUUCAGAACUAUAGGAGGCAUCCUGGACUUUUACAUCUUUAUGGGGCCAUCGCCGGAACAGGUCAUUCAGCAGUACACUGGGGCAGUGGGUCGACCCAUGAUGCCUCCUUACUGGGCCUUGGGCUUUCAGCUGUGUCGGUAUGGCUACAACAACAUCAGCAAUCUGCAGGAGGCGGUUGAGUCGACAGCCAGGUACCAGAUACCACAUGAUGUCCAGUACGUGGACAUCGACCACAUGGACACGCAGAAAAUCUUCACGGUCAGUGAGCAGAGAUUCCCCGGCUUGAACCAAUAUUUUCAAGAGUUGCAGAGUCGAGGAAUGAGGAUUAUCUACAUUCUGGACCCUUGUCUGGUGGCCAAUGAAACAGAUUACAGACCUUACGAAGAGAUGAAGCGGAUUCAAGGCAACAUCAAAUGGGCGGUGGGGGUGGAGGUGCCCGCAAACAGCUCUGAUACCGAUGGCGCAAUCCUGGGAUAUGUGUGGCCCCAGGGUAAAACCGUGUUCCCUGAUUACCUAAAGAACUCGGUGAAACAAGUCUGGAAAAGUCUCAUAGUGGACUAUAGGCACAACCUGACCUUUGAUGGAUUGUGGAUUGACAUGAAUGAGCCGGCCAACUUUGGCACGAACGAAGAAAGGCCGUUCAACUGGCCGGAGAAAGACAAGCCCUAUUGGAGCCUGAAGUGUCCCAGUAAUACCUGGGAGGACCCACCAUAUCGACCCAAAGCAGCAUAUCGCUUCGACAGCAGCAGCCGGCCUGCCAGACUCUCAGACAAGACCAUCUGUAUGAGCACUGUCCAGGGCGACCAGGACCAGUACCGGCACUACGACGUACACAGUAUCUACGGCUGGAGCCAGACCGACGCCACGCUUGAAGCUGCACGACUCGCCACUGGAGAGAGGAGUAUUGUCAUCAGCCGCUCCACAUUUCCUGGCUCAGGGACUUACGCCGGUCACUGGUUGGGGGAUAACGUCAGCCAGUGGAAGGACAUGCAGAGCUCAAUCAUCGGAAUUUUGGAAUUCAACCUUUUCGGAAUACCCUAUAUCGGAGCAGAUAUUUGUGGCUUCUUUGAGAACACCAGCACGGAGUUAUGUAAACGCUGGAUGCAACUCGGGGCCUUCUACACCUACAGCAGAAACCAUAACGGCAUCACAUACUUGAAUCAAGCUCCAGGCCAGCUCGGGGACGAUGUCGCCUUCGCCAGCAGGGACAUCCUGAGAAUUCGCUACCAGUUGCUGCCCUACCUGUACACUCUCUUCCACCAGGCCCACACUGUGGGUGGCACAGUCAUCAGACCUCUACAUCACGAAUUCCCCACUGAAACAGACACUUUGUCUAUCAACAAACAAUUUAUGUGGGGCGCUUGUCUGUUGAUAUCUCCUAUUCUGGAAGAGAAUCAAACACAGCUGGAAUACUACCUACCCAAGGCCAGAUGGUACAACUACUACACUCACGAGCAGUUGCUGCAGACAAGCGGAGCCUGGAGACGAGAGACCGUUGAUGGGAAUUCCAAGCCGAGUUUACAUGUGAGAGGCGGAUGUGCUUUCAUACAACAGGAGUACGCCAAUAACACUCACUUCAGUCGCAGGUUGCCUCUAACUUUAGUCGCUGCCUUAGAUGGGGAUGGGCGUGCUGGAGGCAGCAUCUUUUGGGAUGAUGGUGUCUCUAUAAACACGUAUGAAAAUGGCCAGUAUCUGGAGGCACAGCUCAGUGCUACCAAUAAUUCACUGACUGUGAGUGUUACACAUUGGGUUCCUAGCGCAGACUGGGAUGAUCUAAUUUUUAAUACAGCCCAGGUUUUAGGUGUCAGUCAGAAGGUCAAGUCUGUGUACCUUCAGGGUCAGCCACAGGUGUUGACUUUCACUCAAACCGAACAGCUCUUGGAAAUUGUUCUUCCGGCACUGCCUCUAACACAGAAUGUGACUAUCUACUGGAGUGUGUAG